AAUCAGUACUAACCGUUCAGACAGUUUUACAGAGGAUUUUUAAAUGAAUCAAAUAUGUUUUAAUGUGGUAUUAUAAUCUGUCUAAUAACAGUAAUGAACGAAGUUGUUUAUAGUGAGGCACAUCCAGACACGAGUAACAGAAAGAUGCGUCUCAUUUCUCCGCCAGUAAUCAUAAACACUCUGUCUGCUCACUGGCGUGAAAGUAACGGUAGAGUAACAGAACACCUUUUGAGAUUCAGUAAAAUGACUCUUAUGAACCGGUUCUUCAUGAGUCACAGAACUACUGUCUCUCGGCUGAGAAGUCCUGUGGGGUUUGUCUCAAGAAAAGAAACUCCUGUGAAGUGACUGAGAUCCUCGAGACACUGUUAUAAAGAUGGCGUUUAUUAAAGUCGAGAGCGAAGACAUGAAGAUUGAGGAAGCGUUUACUGUCAAACGUGAAGAUACUGAGGAACAAACAGAGAUGGUGUUUAUUAAAGAGGAGAGGGAAGAGGUGACGAUUGAAGAAGAUAUAAGAGUCAAACGUGAAGAUACAGAGGAACAAACAGAGAUGGCGUUUAUUAAAGAGGAGAGGGAAGAGGUGACUAUUGAAGAAGAUUUUAGAGUCAAACGUGAAGAUACUGAGACACAAACAGUACGCGAGGGGAAUUGUUUUGAAAACGUCCAAUGUGGAGAAAUGGCAACCGGAAUGUUUCAACCAUAUAUGUUCGAGCCAGAGUCUGAUCCCGAAUUUCAAGACGAUGAACCGACUGAACCUCAAAUACCAAGGAUGCUCCAGCCUGUGACAGCAUGGUGUACCUGUGAAAACUGUGCUGUUAUGCCAACGGAAAAAGAAAAUAAAUGCUGUUUGGAGAUUCCUGAGAUUGUUCGAAGGAUUAACCAGGUACCGGACACACUUACCUGCAUAACCCAUCACCCAGGCUUUGAACCGGUUUGCCUAAAUGUGUAUUCACUACAGAAUGCACUUAAUGUUUACAAAGCUGAUUAUGGCCCCUUGAGACUCAGAGGAAUAGAAAAGCGUUACAGGCACUUGGCGCACAGGAGUUUUGUGAGCUGGUGCUGGGGCUAUUUGAGCAGGACGAUCAGAGUGGACAUCCCGUCUUGUGUUGUCCUGCGUGUAUGCCGAGAGUUUCCUGAUGCUGCAGGCAGCUGUUCUGGAUUCAGACCUCCCCUUGACUGAACAGCAAUACAUGCCUCGUGAUGGCUUCAUCCAUGGAGGGUCUGUCAUACUGGACUGAGAGUGAUUUUGUGAAUCUCCUCCAUGUAGGGAAGAGGGUCUGGGAUCACUUUUCCGAAAAGGAAGGUCAUCAGAUUAAAGACAUUGCCUGUAAAGAUAUAACUGCACAAGUGGCAUUACAAUUAAUCACAUUUACAGUUUAGAUUUUUUAGUUACUUAAUUGUGAACAUCAAUAAAUUUGUUUAACUUACAA